ACAUGGAUCCUUAAGGGGAAAGAAAGAGACAUGAGGAGAAAAGGAGGCCAGAAAUGAUCUCAGAGUGGAGUGAAAAAGGAUACUAAACAAGAAGGAAGAAAAGUAUUAGCAAAUAUCUAUGAUGGCAUCAUUGAAUGAAGAGCUCAGUUCUUCUGACCAUAGUUUUUCAUCCCUGCCUGGGACAGCAAGUGAGAACACUGCCAUAGCUUCUGAUGGACCUUCAGAUUCUAGGUGUCCCAUUUGCUUGGAAAGAAUACGAAACGUGGCCUUCUUAAACCCAUGCUUCCAUAGGUUCUGUUUUGCUUGUAUCCUAGAAUGGUCAGACAGGAAAGCAGAGUGCCCACUCUGUAAGCAGAAUUUUCACUCUUUUUUUCACACCAUCAGAUCUGAUACUGAGUUUGAAGAAUACAUUGUUCCUUCUGAAAAUGCAUCCUGUGACAUUUGUGGGGAGAGACCAACAACUGCUGAAAGACCUGAAUCUCUAACAGAUAAUGGGAUUUUGUAUGCAGGAUACUCAGUUCCCCAGUCUCAAAGAAGGAUGAGAUCACUUGAUGAGCUAAUGAGACAGCUUGGCAUAAGGAGGCCAUCUUACCCAGGAGAGAUAUCCCUUGGGCAAAUUAGAGAGCAUGUUACGAUUAAGUUCAGAAGGGCCCUCUAUCAAUCUGGAGUGCGUGUCAGAAAUGUCCAAAGUGGAGGUUUUUAUAGGGAUAUAUCAGCAGAUUUUUUCCAUAGGAAUCCUGUCCGCCUUACCAGGUUGGUCCCCUGGUUGAAACGUGAGUUGCGAGUGCUGUAUGGAACACAUCCAUCUUUGAUCAACAACAUCCAACAUAUCAUUUUGAAUAACAUAACAAUUUAUGAUCUGGAUAGCCCAGCCUUUGCUGAAAUUAUUCACCCACAUUUGCUCCACUUCACCAAUCACUUCCUGCAUGAAUUCAUCAAUUUUGCCCGCUCCCCCUUCAACAUUAGGGCCUAUGACUGGCGAGCCAGUUAUGACAUACCCUUUCCUGCACAUGAUGAUGGGUUGCAGUCUAAUUCAUCAAUUACAACAUCAUCUUCAGAAGAGGAGGAGGAGGAAGGGGAGGAAGGAGAAAGUGAAGACUCAGAAGAAAAUGUGGGGGAAGACGGGGAGUCAGUGACAAGUAAUGAGGAAGAGACAUGGGAUGAUGAAAUCCAGAGAUCAGCCAGUUCUGUAUCAGAUCAGACUCUGGAUGAGUUUUUUCUUCCUUUUGGAUCUUCAGAUGGAGAACUGGUAAGAAGUGAUGACAAUACGCAUGCAUUUUUCCAAGCGGAUACACAAUUAGGAGCAUACAACAGACAAUAUUCAUUACAUAAAUGUCGCCUUGACCAGACUGAUGGGAAUACACCAAUACUGCGUAACUCCAUCCCCAAAUGUAUUGAGGCUGCACAAAAUGAUAUUGAUGAUGACGAUGAAGAUGGGUUGAUGGAUGAGCAAGAGGUCUUAAGAAGUCAUAGUUUUAGCAGUGGUACUCAUAGCAGUACAGGUCCAACUAUCUCGAAUGUUGCCCAUCUUGUUACCAGUAAUCAAAUGCUUGAUAGUCUUCAGGUUCCACUUCAGGAGCAAGAAACAGAUAGUAUGGAACAGCCAUCAUUGGAUCAACAGGAGGUAGUUAGCACCAAGCUGAUCCAUCACAAAGGGAAGGAGAUAGUUGUCAUUGAGAUACUUCAACCCCAGACAGAAGACAUUUUGGUUAUUGAGCAUCUAGAAUUGAAUACUAGCAACAUGGAUGAUUUUACUCAGCUUCCAUGGCAAGGUGAAGAAACAUCUAACUUUAUGGAGCAGCACUCUUCCACAGACAUCACACCAGGUGGUUCUUCUACUAUCUGUGAUGAUGGAUGUUUUUCAUAUAUUAGAAGACCAUGAUUUGUAAAUCAGGAACUCCAGUCCAUUAAUCCACAAGGGAACAUAUUAAGUGGUGCUCUUAUUGAUGGUAUACAUGGUU